CCAAGUCCAAAGUACAAGCUUCAUGAACACGCAGAUUGAGGCGCAGCGAUUAUUUCUCCGUACAGAACACACUCGCAUUUCUCUUGACUCUCUGCAUGCAAGCCCCCUAUCUUCCUCUCUGUCAUGGUGGCCACCCGCUGGGGGAUCUGCUCUGCCGGAAAGAUCAGCCACGAUUUCCUAGUGGCCCUGAAAACUCUGCCACUAGAGAACCACAAGGUGGUGGCCAUUGCUUCUCGUGAGCUGAGCCGGGCACAGGAAUAUGCCAAGAUCCACAGCAUCCCCAAGGCCUAUGGCUCUUAUGCAGAACUGGCUCAGGAUCCAGAUGUUGAUGUGGUGUAUGUGGGAGUGGUGCAUCCGUAUCACCUCCCAGCCACCCUCCUCUUCAUCCAGGCCGGGAAGAACGUGCUUUGUGAGAAGCCCCUGGGCAUGAAUGCUGCAGAAGUCAAGAGAAUGGUGCAGGCAGCUCGGGAAAAGCAGGUCUUCCUCAUGGAGGCUUGCUGGACCCGCUUCUUCCCUACUUCGGAGAAGAUCCGCUCCUUGCUCAAGCAAAGGACCCUUGGGGAUGUGGUGGUACUUCAGGCUGAGUUUGGGGUCCCUCUCUUAGAAAUCCCCAGGUGUGUGGAGAAAGAACUUGGUGGAGGUGCCUUGCUAGACAUUGGUGUAUACUGCGUCCAGCUGGCCUGCAUGGUCUUCAACGGGGAGAAGCCAGAGUCCAUUGUGGCCUCAGGAUUCUUGCAUGAAACAGGGGUUGAUGAAAUGGCUUCCGUCAUCCUGAACUAUUCAGAUCAACGCCAGGCUGUCCUCAUUUACACCAUGGGGACCUGGAUGCCUAAUCGAGCAAGCAUUACUGGCUCCAAAGGGAUAAUUGAGGUUCCUGGGCCUUUCUGGUGCCCAACACAGUUGGUUGUCAAUGGGCAGAAGGAAGAGUUUCCCCUUCCUUUUCCCUCCCAAAAACAGCACUUCCCUAACAGCACUGGCCUACGCUAUGAAGCAGAACAUGUCAGACAGUGUCUUCUUCAAGGCCUGAAAGAGAGUCCCAUUAUGUUUCAUGCAGACAGCGAGCUGCUCCAUUCCAUCCUGGAUGAAAUCCGUAGGCAGCUGGGGGUGUCUUAUUCUCAGGACCACACAUGAGCCAUUCCAUGCUUGGUUUCAGUGACCUUGUUCAUGUGUAUCUGUGUGUGCAGACUUGAGGUUUUAGAACUGGAAAAUCCAAUCUUGUGAGUGGAAGAGAAAUGUGUGAUUUGUAUUCAGCUAAGCUCUACUCAGAGAAAACCCGCUGAAAUUAAUGAACAUAAGUUAGCCAUGUCUAACUGACUACCACCCUAUGCCAUUAAAUGUUUUGGCAAGUGUUGACUACACGCUUUGGAAUAAUAUGCAAUUAGAGAUGUGAAGGGGCCAUCUGCUUAUUAUGUGAACCUCGCCCUCCAUUAAAUAUCGAUUUAAUUUCACAAACAGUUAAAUAAAGAGAAGCUAAGA